UGUUCAAUACGAAUCCAGGAUCGUAAAAACAUGAACUAGCCGUCUGUAUAUGCUGUGUGACUGUGUGUUACAGUAGGGUCAGAAUCCCUUAACCCUUAGGAAAGCCGUGUCAGUGAAAAAUAAGGGAUUACAGUGAACCACCAGUUGGAAAAAAGUGGGAAAUUGUGGAAUAGAAUGUGUGCAAGUGAUAAAGUUAAAAGUUAUAUAGUGGUAUAUUUGUGUUGUUGGGAUAUUAACAAGGAGAGCGACCUUGAUACAAAUCGUUGGAGUGUAUUGACCGGUCAGUGAACAAGAAACAAGUGCCUCAAUGAGCGUCGGCGACGGGACCAAGAGAAUCAAUACUUUGAGGAGUUGGCGGACAUAAUCUCGGCGAGUGUUUCGGACAUGUCUGGCUCCUUCGCCCUCAAACCAGAGAAGUGUGCCAUUCUACAGGAGACUGUCAAGCAAAUAAAACAGAUUAAACAAGGAGGGGAGGGAGACUCCGCUGUACAACAGAGUCACGUGUCCUCGAGCAAGCCAGGAUUGAUAACGGAUGACAUCCUCGGGACUCUGCUUCUAGAGGCAUUGGACAGUUUUCUGUUUAUGGUCAACCCCCAAGGCAAGGUUGAAUUUGUGUCUGAAAACAUCAGCCAGUUCCUUAAAUAUACUCUGGAAGAUCUGGUAGGGAAGAGUGUAUACAACAUCAUCCACGUGGGUGACCAUGCCCAAUUUAGCAACAGUCUACUCCAGUCUCAUAACGGAGGACUAAGUUGGCCGCCAGAAAGCUUAAGUGGAAAGGGAAGAGAUUUCAAUUGUCGCAUGCUCAUUAAACCCCCAUGUAAUGACAAUGAGGAUUUGGAAGCUAAGCAGACCUAUGUUCACCAGUACGAAAACAUGCAGAUCUCCACGGUGUUACAUCCCCCCAAUGAAAUCAAGGCCGAAAACACUGAUAACUCCGAAGGGGGUUCAUGUCUAGUCUGCAUUGCCCGCAGGCUUCCUCUCGCUGAGAAGACAAAUACAAUGCUUGCAGUGGAACAAUUUACUACAAAACAGGACUUACAAGGAAAAAUCAUUGGCUGUGAUAUUAGUGGAAUAGCUCACAGAUUCAGUUGCCCAGACUUUGUUGGUCAGAGUAUACAGGAGUUCUGUCACCCUAACGAUCUACAGCAAAUAUCAAGGCAUUUACAAGAAGUUAUUCAAAAUGGUCAGAACACGAGCGCUGUGUAUCGAUUCAAAAUGCAGGAGAAUCGUUUUGUAUUCGUGCAGACCAAGAGCAAGCUGUUUCAGAACCCUAACAAUGUCUCGUCUGACUUUAUCAUGUCCACCCACUCCAUUAUCAGAGAAUGUGACUCCGACAGUGAGAAGGGUUCAGCAUCUACAAGCCUUAUGAAAUCUAUUAUCGGUCCAAGCCUGCAAUUGAAAAACCAGCUACGUGCUACACACACUGCUACAUCUGGUAUAAACACUUCUUCAUCUAUGUCCAACAUGGCUAUCAGUGCCUCAAUGAACAGUAGUGCUUCAAACAUGAACAGUUUUAAUUCUGGGAAUAUUCUUUCUGCUCUGAGUAACAGUGACAUUUUAAACCUCGGUGAUACCGAUUUCUUAAACGAUAUGUGGGAUUCGCCAGAUAUAUCGGAUUCUAAUGUGUCUAGUACUGGGAAUUUAAGUGCGAGUUUUCACGGAACUGCAACUACGACAACAGCGUCAUCGUGGAUGACACAGCUUCGUCUCUCGCAAGUUAAGGAUUUACAAAGGAGUUUAUCGUCCACUUCACAGCCCCAACGUGGGGCAGUUGGGGCGAACAAACGCCCUGCCAGUCUGGGUGGUUAUGGACAACGGAGUAACAGUGUGGACCUAUCGUUACAACAACAACAACAGCAUCAGCAACAACAACAACAGCAUCAGCAACAACAACUACAGAACCAGAACAUACAAGGACAGAAAAGUCCUGGGUUUGCUCAAAGUGGGAACUUCCAGUUUCCACCUACACGGACAAUGAUGGGAGGGUACAAUAGGAUGAGCCCACGGGCAACUCCGAGCCCGGGUAUGCCACACUGCAGUUAUAGUGGGCCGUUCUCAGCUCCGCGCUCGCCCUCACCCAUGAUGUCACCUUCAGCAGGUUCUCAGCCCGGGGGAUGGGGACACCAGCCGCUUCCCAGUCCCGGGCCCUACCCCCCUCAUGGGCCGCCUAGCAGUCAUCAGGGCCUCACAGGGAUGUCACACUAUCCAAGUACCCCAGAUGACCGACUACUACAGCAGCUUACAAGCAGUCAUGAUCCAAAGAUUGUAGAAAAGAAAACCAAGAAGCCCGGGCAGCUGUGUCGGCUUCUCGCCCAGACAAGCCCUCCACCAACACCCAUCACAAAGUCUGAGCCCACUACGCCCAAGGGUGUUAGAAGUCGCCAUAACAGCCGGCAGGGCUAUAUGGAGAUGUCGCCCGCUGACAGUAUCCAGUCACCGCAGCCAGGGCCGGGGCAGAGCCCGCCAGAAAAACCACAGAGUACUUCAAACGAUGAUGAUCAUCACAAUGGUACUGCAACUGAGUCAAAGGUCAGCAAUCAACUUCUUAAGUCACUUCUGAGCCAGGAUGAUGAUGUUGAUGAAGACUUUGGAAAGAUGGGAAAAUCAGUCGCAGACAAGGUUAUGGAGCAAGCUCGAGAGGCUCAGUCUACAAAUAAACCUUCCACUGUUGAGAUGGAGAAAAAUGAGGCUGAGGCGAAGAAACAAAGCAAUAAACUUCUAAAGCAACUGCUAUCAACAGAAGAUGACAUUCUGGUCAAGGGCUCUAAUAUCAAAAAGAAGGCAGAAGAGAAAGCAGCCCAGAGGUCUGGAGGUCAACCAGGGUCAUCGUCAAUGGCAACUGUGGCAAGACGGAGAACCAGUAUGAUGCAGGAGCUGUUAUCCGAUGAUAAGGACGAUAACUGUCGCUCCGUACCUGCCGAGAGCACAAGUAUCGACUCCGAGCUAACCCGUCAGCGUCACCAGUCUGGACCUCAGGAGCCUCAGUCAACAACGUCCCUACCCCUCCCUGUCACCCCUCUAUCCAACUCCCUCACGGCAGGCCUUGGUGGCUCCACCAUCAAUACCUCCAUGCUUCAGGAUUUUCUCAGCUUGGGCGGUAAUAUGAGUCAGCCCCUUAAUAGCAAUAUCAUGGGGCUCGGUUUAGAAUCUACGCCGCAUAACAUGGGUCCUCUGACGAAUCCGACAACAGCUAGUAUGACAAAUCCCGCGUCAGCCAAUGUCACUUUGAACGAUGGAAAGAAAGUGUUUUCAAUGUCUGAUUUAUCUACAAACAUUAAGAAAAACAAGAGUUUGGAUGACCUGUUUAAUAUGUUGUGGGAAGAUCAGACGGACCAUGAGAGAAGGAUUAUGAGAGAAAAGUUGAAGAAUUUUAAUAUACAACGUAGAAUAUCGUCAGAGAGUGGUAUGGAAGGUUCGCCAGCGGAACAGAGUAGGUCAGGUAGGAGCACACCUGUUGGGCAAAGCUCAAGUUCAAAACUGUCCAAUAAUAAUAUGUUGUUGACCGAGUUAUUGUCGAAACGUGUGAACAAUGAGAUUGUGGUGAAUACGUUAAGUACAAUACAGCCCUCCCAGGUCCCUCAAGUUCCGAGGAUACCACAAAAUCUGGCGAAUAAGUUGUUAAAAGUGAACCCAUCCAAUUUUGUGACGAGUUCUUCUGCGCCAGAAGCAAAACGGCCAAGGUUAGAUAUUCCAAGUAGUGGAUUAACUACCCUUGAGAAAGUUUUACGGCGAGAUUCUAGUUCUAAUGUGUCAUCUUCAACCACUUCAAUGGAGGGUGUAGCUGACACCAGCAAUAAUUCAAACUCUGCGCUUAGUACAAUAAGUGACAAUAGUAUUACGUCGCAACUUGGGGAGUUACAAAACCUUUUCCAACAGUCGACUGGAAGUAGGUCGAACUUAAUGGAAGUGAAUUUAGAUGAAAAUACGGACCAUGUGCUCGCACAAAUAUUACAGCAAGCACAAGACCUGCAGCAGGAGAUCUCUACAGCGGGGGGCUAUCAGCCCAAUCCCCUGGCUUUAUCAGGAAUAUCUAGUGCUCAGUCCGCGCUCACACAAGACACUACAAACCACUCUGUGAACACCAGUAUCAGACACAGUGUGAAUGCCGGAAAUACGACUAAUUCUGUGACUAGUUCUAACAACUACCAUACAAGUGUAAAUAAUAAUAGUGUGAUGAAUACCAACAUUGACUCCUCUCAGACUAAUAGCAAUGCUGGAAACGAAUUGUUACAGCAGUUAGAACAAGCAUUGAGUGAGUCCUCGUUUAACCUGAAUGACUUGGACCUGUUGUUGUCCAACCAAGGGAAUACCAGCGCCGAUGAGCAGUCGGCUAUUGAGGCGAUACAACAGCAGUUAAUGUCGGAUAUACCGAUGCAGGGACUUUCUGGAACAAGCCAGGCCCUGACUGGAACUCAAAUUCCGCAAGUGCCCAUUGAUCGUAACCAUCUACAAAACCGAUUUCAACAACAAUCUCUACCUGAGCUUAGCGGACAUUCUUCUCAACUGGGCGGUCUGCUUAGUAGCUUAAGCCAAGGUCAACACAGUCCAAGGUCAAUACUGAACCAGAUCGGCCUAGGUCAAGGUCAGGGUCAGGGUCAAUUUCCCCAGGGGUUAUUGAGAACAGACCCCGCCCAGGGUCUACAGAGAGGACCCCAAGGGCCAGGUUUCGGGCCUCAGGGUGCAGCUGCUCAAUCUUUCCCAUCCCAGGGUCCUAGACUUCCACAUCCACCAGCAGUUGCCUUACCAUCACCAGGUUCAGGCCAGAGACAGUUCAGUAAUCCUAACCCCCAGUCUACAGCCAUGCAGGUUCGACAGUCAUUACUCCAUCAGCAGAAGUUGAAAAUGCAGAGAGAACGUGAAAAGGAAAGGGAACGGGAAAAACUGCGGGUACAACAACAGUCAGACAGGCAGAAAUUGGUGCUGCAACAACAGCAGCAGCAGCAUCAACAGCAGCAACAGCAGCAGCGGUUUCAAGGACCACAGUUUCCCAGCCAACAGAGGUUUUCUAAUGAUAACCUGCCUAUGAGUCUCAGUGGUUCCCAGCUCCCAACUUUUCCGGAGAAUCUUGCUGACAUGAUGAACAGCGGGAAUGUUCCCAAUGUUACCCUUCAGAGGAAUAACGGCCUGCCCGGGCCCAUGUCGCCCAGAUAUCAGACGGGGAUGCUGCCGCCUCAGAGCCCAAGCCAGGGGGGACAGGGCGUGAUGUUGCCUCCCAACUCCCAGCUGUCUCCAGGGUUUCCUCAACAGCAGCAGCAGCAGCAGCAGUGGGGUGCCACAGGGGCAGCAAUAAACAUCUCACCACAGGGAGGCAGUCAGUACAGUAAUCGGCACCGGUCCAUGUCCGGUGGAACGCCAAUGCAGACAUCUCCGACGCAGCGGUUUUCCUUUGCCGAUGGGCAGUAUGGUGGGAGCGCCCCUGUGGGAGGUAUAGGGUAUCCCCAGCAGCAACAGCAGAUGUACUCGCAACCUAACCGGGGCAGUCUGCUGCAACGCCAGCUAAGCAUGCCUGGUCGAGGAUCCCCUAGGAGUUCACAGGGAGGUUUUGGUGCGUCGAAUGACCCGCUGCUAAUGUCCCCGCAUAAUGUAUCCCCCAACUCAAUGAGAGUACCACAACAACAGGUGAGCCCGCCUUACAGUGCCGGCUCGAUGACCAACACCACCUACGGUCCACCUUCUGUAACGAUGGCAACAGCUGCAAGUGCCCUUCCCUCCCCACAGUACGCUCCUGGGGGUCAAGGUCACAUGGGAGUUGGGGCCGACCAUGAUCUCGCACUAUUUGAUAGCAGUAAGAAGGGACUAGAUGGAUCUGUGCCGGGAACCAACCCCGGGCUCGUGGGUAACAACCAGGGCUCCUCCCAGUUCAUCAAGCAGGAGUUACGGAACAUCUGUAAAAUACGCUCACAGAGCGGAAGUCAGAUGAUAUCGCAGCCCUCUCCUCAGUAUAUGGCCCAACAACAACAACAACAGCAACAACAACAACACUCUGCUUUACAACAACAACAGGCUGUCUUACACCAACAAAGACUUAAGCUGCAGCAACACCAGUCAAUGCUACAACAGCAACAGCAACAUCAGCAGCAACAACAACAGCUUCAGCUACAGCAACAAUCGUCAGCUGAUGAUGGGAUGUCUGAGCUACCACUUGAUAUCCUGGAACAGAUUAAUGAGAUGACUGAGGAACAUGGCAUUGAAGAUUUCAAGGAGGAGGUGAUCGUGCCUAAAAAACGUGAGGAGGCGAAAUCACGUUACGAGAAGUUUCAGAAACUAGCAACCUCAGAAGAACAAGAUGGAAAAGCAACGAGCCUGUUCCGCAAACAGUUAACGUUACACGGCGGUCAGCAGCGACCAACAUCACGAGACUCUGGUAUCUCAAUGUUGCCCGACCAUCAACCAGUUAACGUCGUACAGAGUGAACCCAGGACACCUAUUGAAGAAAUCAAGCCAGCUAAUCAAAAAGACAGCUUACUUCAGCAACUGCUAGCAGACUGAAGAAACAUCUGUACUCAAUACUGUUGUGUGGUUUACUUGUGUUCUAACAAGUGCUUGUGUUGUUGUUUAAGAGUUGAAUAAGGUCUGCUGGCACAUGCCUAUUAGCUGCAAAAUGGCCUGACCAAGUGUUCGCAAUAAGAGUAUUAUGAAUACUCUAUCAUUGUGUAAAGGAUUAUUCAAAGGGAUACUCUUCAAUAGAGAAGGUAGUGCUCUUCAAAGAAAUACUCUUCAAUGGAGAAGGUAUUAAUCUUCAAAGGGAUACUCUUCAAUGGAGAAAGUAGUGCUCUUCAGAUGGAGGUGGAAAAAGCUGCUCAAUUGGAAUGUCUCGGGUAUUUUCCUCAUACACAUGUGAUCAGAAUUUGUGUCUUAUCACAUUUUCUCUAUGAUAUUAUUUGGCUUUUUUUAGUCAUGGACAAAAAAUCAGGGGAUUUGAUUUUCAACCCAAAAAAGCCAAUCAGCAUUAGAUGUUCAAGUUUCAAUGCUAUUAUAAAGACAAUCAUAUAGCUGCCAGAAUGAGUUAUAGUGUAACUAACAGUCAUAAAAUGACUACAUGCUCCAUAUUUUUGUGAUUUUUUACGUGCAAAGUGCUUUCACUGUUGGGAGAAAAGUGAAAUGACAAAUUCUUGUGGAUUUUGCGUUAUAGCGUGUAAUUCUGUUUUUAAGAGUGUAACGGCUGGAAACUAGAGCCGUUAACAUUAUUGAAUGACGCUGUGAGGAUUUGAAGGUGUAUUAAAGCCUAACAAAGUUGUUGCAAGUUUUCCGAAACUUCAAAUGUAAGAAAUGACUCAUUGAUAGUGAUGGAUAGGUAUUUGUGUCAUAAUAUUUCGCUAUUGAGCUUUCUUACACAAGGAAAACUUCAUCUGGACACUGGUUGUUAUCAGUGAAAACAAUUUUGACAAAUAUUACAAGUUGUGUAUAGAUUGAAGUGCUAUGAUUUUCAGAGUCUGUGAUAUAACCUUUGAAAUUUUGAAAUGUUGUUAAGAAUGGAUUCUGUUGUUGACGAGAUUUGUUUGUUUUUUUUUAUUGAAAAUUGAAAAACCUUUUUUCAAAUUGUGAGUGAAAUAUUAGAUCGUUAAAUUCAUCAGGAAUUUGUUUUGAAGGCCAGUGGUUGAGAGAGCUGGGAUAUUUUGUUGAUUGUAAGUGUGUCUUUAAUUUAGGAGCUUUGAAUGAUCUCAGAGGUUACAUUAUACUAUUUCUCAUUGCUCAUGUGUUGUGCUUUGAAAAGAAAAACAUAAAUAUAUAUAUACAUAUAUAUAUAUAAAUUGUUGUUUGUUUAAACGUUAAAGCUAGCAAAAAUUAUGCUGUUAAUUGAAUUUUGCCUUUAAGCAUGCUUGUUGCUGAAUCUGUUGAGAUUUUGUUAAAUGUGUAAUAUAAAUUAGUUUGUGUCAUAUUGAGUCUAUGUUUAGCACUUUUGAGCAUUAAGGUUUAUAGCCAUCAAAAUAAAAUUUUUUACAGAAAUCUAAAUUAAGCAAAGAAGCAAUAACUAUCUGUAGAUACAAUGUAGCUUAAUGAUUUAAUAUAGACACAUGGUUGGUUUCGAAAAUGGAAUCUGAUGCUAAGCUUAGAAUCAAUUUGGAUAUAUGGUUUUGCUAGCUGAAUAUGUUUUAAAGCUAACUUUGAUUUCACUUGUGCUUUCGGUCAAGGGUUAGAAAAGUGCUAUCCUUACACUCUUAAUUUUUUUUUAAAAACAAACAAUUAUAUGAAAUUAAAGUGUAAUAAUUUUUUACCUGAAAAAAAUCAUUUGUAAUUUCAUAAUUCCUAAGUAUAAGAUUAGUUGUAUAAUCUGUGAAAAUUAUAAACAGAUAUUUUAAUUGAAAAUGCAUAAACUACUUCAAAUAUUUUUUAAAAAACCCAUAAAAUUUUAGCUUGUCCAUUGAUGGAAAGAAGAUUUUUAAACUGAAUAAUGUGAUGUAAUACCAUAGCAUUAUCAUCAAAGUGCAGAUAUUUCAACAUUGCCUGCUUGAAGUGUUUUACAAGUGACAAUACACUUACUAUGUGUAGCAUAGCCCAUGACUCCCGCAUAAUUGUCAAGGUAUAAAGACCAUGAUCAACUCGGAAUAUGUAUAGGUUUUUUUCCUGUGUUUCUUGUUCGAUGAAAAAUCUGUCCCUCUGGCAUGCUGUGUAGCAGUCAACUCUGUAAGCCUCGUUAUCAGCUUUUGCAGGUGCCCUCAUGUCGGAUUUUUACCAUUCGCACCGGAAACACAUGAUUGAAACUUUUCUUGAAUAUAUUUAACUUUAAAAUUUCUUCAGAUUUGAAAUUAAAAGCAUGUUUUUUGUACACUUCACCAAAAAGCAUGUGUCAUUAUUUACUGGUUUUCAUCAGUAAUUUAAAAUAACAUUUGACAUCGAAAAGUUCCUAAGAGUAACACAUUAUAACAGAGUUUGAAUAAUUUGUUCAAAUAUCUGUUCAUUAUCAUUUGAUUUGGCUUUUUUUUUAAAAUCUCAUAUUUUAAAUUGCAUCAAAUUUUACACCAAAAUAUUGAUCACUGUGCCUAGCGGCCAACAUCAUGUCCAGCAAAAUUGACGAGCAUUUUCAUUGCAGUAUGAUUUUUUAAAAACAUUUUUUCAUUUUCAGUAGUCAAAUAAUUGAAUUAAUAUGUUAUCUUUAGGUUGAUAAAAUUCGCUGUUAAAAUGAUUUGAAACUUAUCAUAUUUUUAAAAUUGAACAGUUUUAAUGUCUGCUAUAACAUAUUUUUACAAAAUUGUCAGAUUUUGUGUUAUAUACAGUUAUACACAUUUAUGUACAUGUAUAUAUCUGAAUCGUGUACGUGAAUGCUGGAUAUAAAGUGCAAUUGUUGUUAAAACUAUUCGGCAGGAUUUAAUAAUAAAGGCAUCAAUGUGCAUAGAGAAUUGUGACGUGUAAUAUUGAUCGUUUCUCUGUCAUAGAAGUUUAAAAUUCAUCUCUUCAUUCUUCUGUCAUAUAACUCUUUAUUCAAUUGUAAAAUAAACAUUGUACAUUGGAUGAUAUAAUAUAUAGUGUGUAUAUUUUGUGAGAUAUAUCAUUUAAACAUCGUUAGUUGAAAAUAACAUUUUCUUGUACAUCAGACCUCAUUAGCCUUUUAAACACAUUGCACAAAGUCAUUAAUAUUCAUCCGUCAUUUAUAUACAUCAUGUCAUUGUAAAUGAUCAUCUUUAGUCUAAUCAUGUUUUUCAAUAUACAUAUGUACAUGUAUAUGAUAUAAAAAUUGUCUUCACGCCAUAACUUACACUUUAAUACAUGGACUUAUCAGAGUUUAAAACUGUCACUGUUUCGUUUUUAGCUCGUCUGUUUUUCCAAGAGAGAAAGUCAAAUGUGUCAUAGAAUUAUGUGUCAUUAUUGUCAACGUUGUGCAAAAAACUCUAAAGACUGUUUCAAGUAUUAAAUUCUGAAACUCGAAACACCUGUUGCCUAGAACAAUGCGCACACAUAACGCAAUGGCUACCGGUAUAUAUACCUGUUUUUCUACUGAUAAAUCCAAGAAAAAAAGACUAUGAACGGUAGAGUCAGUGCCUAUUUCAUAUACAGAUAGGGUCGGGUAGCCGGAACCAAACGUUUUUUUUUUAGGCUUUAACACAACAGAUGAGCAUUUGUUUUUGUUUCUGAGGCACUCUUUCUUAGAUAAAUAUACGAUAAAUAGCUAGAAUAAAGGGUUUAAUAAGCUAACACAUAAUUGCACGUUUAAUCAUAGUAUCUUUUCUAUGUUGUACAAAGAAAAUUGUUGUAAAACUUCACUGUACCCAAGACCAGUGUCAUUGAAAUGCAUGAUACACGGGUGCAAAGGGCGAGUUGUGUAAUUAAAAUCAGGAGGGUAGUCGUAGAAGUAUCUCUCUUUAACCAUAUUUUCAAGGACUGCUUUCAUUAAGUAGCGUGCCUUUAAGUGAACAUCGUUUUAAUUUGUACGCUCACUCCUUAUCGGAUAAUAAAAACUCUGCCUACCGGUUCCCUUUCUAAAAUUAUUGAAAACUAAGAAAAUGCUGAGAUUUAAUGAAUCACUGAACAUUUAGUAAACACUUCACAAUUUUUUGGAAAAAAGGAUUACUAUUUCAAAUUUGGAAAAACUUUCUGUUAUGGAGGUUAAAUAUUGUGUGUAUAUUCCGCCAAGGGAACAGUAUAAGCUUUAAAAUGUCUGUAACCCAUGUCUUAUUGUAUUCUGCUUAAGUAAACUAUAUGGUGGUUGUGAGACCUUAAUAAGGGCAUUUUGAUGAGAAAAUAAAUAUAAACUAAAAUAAUUAUAAUAGACCUAUGCCAUCAACCUUACAUAGCACUGUUAAUAUCACCAGCAAAAACAUGUUUCCAAAUUUUGGAAGGUAUAUAGUUUCGGAACAUUUACUUCUUACAUUUUAAGCUUAGUAGUUUUUUAACAUUUUGGAACCUUUGCUUCUUAAAUUUUAAUCUAAGGAUUAUUUUAACAUUUUGGAAACAUUUUCCUUAAUUUUUAAGCUAAUGAGUUUUUUUUAAUAUUAUGGAACUUUUUCCACUUAAAUUUUAAGCUAAGAAGAAUUUUAACAUUUUGGAACAUUUUUCCUUAAAUUUUAAGCUAAGGAGUGUUUGACGCUUUGGAACAUUUUCUUUUUAAGUUUUAAGCUAAGGAAUAUUUUAACGCUUUGGAACAUUUUCUUAUUAAGAUGAAAGAUAAGGGGUUUUUGAACUCUUUGGAACAUUUUUCCUUAAUUUUAAGUAUUGGAACAUUUUCAUCUUAAAUUCAAAGCUAAGGAGCAUUUUAACGCUUUGGAACAUUUUUCUUUAAAUUUCAAGUAUUGGAACAUUUUCAUCUUAAAUGCUAAUACUUGGAAGCAUUUUAACGCUUUGGAACAUUUGUCUUUAAAUUUUAAGUAUUAGAAUAUUUUGAAGUUUGAGAAUUCUUGACCGUACUCAUUUGGAAUAUUUGAUAAACGGCGAUCAAUGUUUGAUCUCAUUUUGCUAUAAAAACCAAUGUUAAAUGAUAUUGUAUUUCUACAGAUGGCCGUUUUUGAAUUGUUUCGUUAUGAGUGCAGACAGACAUAUUGCUAUUACGGUAAUAAUUUCCUUUCUACCAUAUUAGCGAGAAAUUCAGUAUUCACUUUAAUGAACUCAAAAAUCACAAUCAUCAAGUUUUUAUCCCAAAAAUAUAUGAAUAGUUAUUAUGAUAAAUAAUUUAUUAUCUGAUGUGAUGUUGAAUUGAUAAGAUGUUUUAAUCGAAUUAAGACUUCUAUCGUUAAUUAUUAUUUACUUCGCUUAACAAAAGAAUAAUUUGAAUCCAAGUUCACAUGUAUUUGUUUGAAUAGGGUUAUCAUGUGACUACUAUAUCUCCCGAUAGGUUUAAUGGUUAUGAAUAUUUAUAACAGAGUGGUUUCAGCGUCACACCAAUUAACCAUACACGAAUAGGUGUCAAGUCAUGCCUGGGCACUUCUUGGAGGGUGGUCAAAGUAACCCAUUGAAUUUCACAACCAUGCAUUGAAAGUGGUUAUUUAUCGAUGAAAUAAAACUCCUUUAUCGGUCCAUUGAAUGGUUAAACGACAACCAUCUUCCACCUUAAUGAUAAGAAAUACUUCAUUAUCGAUUCCUAAUAGAAAUUUACAAAUUAUGAUAGUUCCUUAUCUAUGCAUCAGCGCUAUAUAUUUACGUAUUGCUGUAAAAUUUUAUUACCCCACUCCCCCUAUUCUCAGUAUUACGCGAAGUCUUGCUCACCCAUUCCUGGUACGGAGUCUCUUCAAAACAUGUAAUUCCAAAUUGACUGCAAAGAGACCUCCUUGUUAUUAUGAAUAGCUAAUAAGGUGAAAUCCAGAGGUUUGAUUGGAUGUCCGAGACACAUUUCAGGUGAUACUGAAAUAGCCUAGAAGUUAUGGAGAUGAAUAUUAUUGCAUUACAAAGUUUCUUAAAUAGUCUAUGUUCCAACGGUAUUAGUGUAAUCGGAAUGAUAUAGCAUGGGUUCUGACUCACAAGGGAUUGUAGUUAGUAAUAAAUUCAAAUAUUUGAUCAAUAAAUCCGCAGAAAUAGUUUUAAUGAUUUGCUGAAUCAUGAUUUAAAUAUUUUGAGGCAAAAACAAUAACACUUCAUGUGGCUAUGAGAGAGAAAUUUUGCUUAAAAACAAUGUUUUUUCCUUGUUGAGAAAUUAUGUUGAUGAUGAACAGUAAAUAAGUUAACUUAUGCCAUUAAUUGAAUCUGAAAUACAAUUAUUUUCAUUUUUAUUAUUUUCAAGGCAUUUUUUUUCUGCAAAACACGGACUUAGAUAUAAGACUUAAGAAAAAAUGCACUGGUCAAUUCUGCGAAGACUUGCUCAAAAUCUGGAUUCUAUGUAACAGGGCUUGUUAAAAAUAAUUUGUGCCGAGCAAUACUGAAAGAAUUAAGUGGGCUGGUUCAUCCAAGUCGUAAUUUCAAUGACUGCCUUGCCAGUGCUUCAUGAUAAAUUUUAAGAAUCACCUUACAUGAAAUUUGUGAUUUGAAAUUUGUGAUUUCUGUUCUAGAAGUGCUAUUCUGUAAAGUAUGUAUGUAAUACAGUUUUUGAUGGGCUCACAACUUCACUGUUAACAUUUUGAUUACACUCAAACUUGAACUUACUUCUAAUAAAUCACACUUUUUAAGCAAUCUUCAUGUAAUUUAUAUUUCUUGGCCUCGCUUUUCAAACUGCCCAUAUUGGCUCCAUUUUAUCACAUAAUGACUAGGAUUAAUUAUCAUAAAUAUAUUCAGUUCUAUUCAUUUCGAAACAAAAUGACUAGUUCAAUUGGACAAAGCUCUUAUGACUAAAUAAAACUUUAUUCAAUUUGUAUCUCUAAUUUGAUAUUGAUGUUACAUUACUUUGCCUUUCAAGGCAUACUAUAACCAGGAUAGUCUUAGUUUUACUUUCUCUUACACUCAAAACCGACUAUUCUAAUGUUCAAUUUUCAGGUAAUUUCCUCUUGUACAGUAUUCAUAGAAAUUAUUCAAUAAACAGGAGUUAGUCAUUCAGAUCUUGUAUUGUAGAUCUUGUACGAUAGUGCCGGAUCUUGUAUUUUAGAUCUUGUAUGAUAGUGCCGGAUCUUGUAUUUAAGAUCUUGUACGAUAGUGCCGGAUCUUGUAUUUAAUAUCUUGUACGAUAGUGCCGGAUCUUGUAUUUAAUAUCUUGUACGAUAGUGCCGGAUCUUGUACGAUAGUGCCGGAUCUUGUAUUUAAUAUCUUGUACGAUAGUGCCGGAUCUUGUACGAUAAUGCCGGAUCUUGUAUUUAAGAUCUUGUACGAUAGUGCCGGAUCUUGUAUUUUAGAUCUUGUACGAUAGUGCCGGAUCUUGUACGAUAGUGCCGGAUCUUGUAUUUAAGAUCUUGUACGAUAGUGCCGGAUCUUGAUUUGUAGAUUUGUACGAUAAUGCCGGAUCUUGUACAAUAAUGCCGGAUCUUGUAUUUUAGAUCUUGUACGAUAAUGCCGGAUCUUGUAUUGUAGAUCUUGUAAGGUAGUGCAGACAUAAUCAUGUUUUUGUUGAGUAUAUAUCUGUUAUGUGAUCACCAUUGUUUUGGCUUGUUAUGUGUAAAUAGAUUUUAAAUGAACAGACUUCUGUUGUAUGGUGACCAUUGUUGCUAUGACAAAUAA